ACCAGCAGAGCCAGUUGGACUUCUAUGAGUUGUUCUUCAUGAUGCAGGCUGUAUGAAUUUGCGCGAAAGUUCUAAUCGGUGUCAUCGUCGUCAAAAGUCGGAAGGAAGCCUAGUGUGGCGCUCUUUUGUGGCUAGUGAGCAGGCGAGGAUCAUAGCGACGCAUAAAGUCAAUAACCAACUUGAACCUUGGUAGAAGGACUCCUCAACACGGCCACAAAAGAAUCCAAUCUUUGCGGACACCGAGCUUCUGGGACCCCCUGAAGACAUUUCUCGACAUUUGUCUUCACGCGCCUUCAACACUUUUCCUGCGAUCGAGCCACGAUUUCUGAGACUCGUCGACGCGACGCCCAGAAAACGUUCGAGCUCCUCCUCCAGACAUUGUUUGCUUUCAACACAACGACACAAUGGCUUCCCUCGGCGAGGAUCUGUUAGGGAUAGUCAACAAGCUCCAAGAUUUGGUUUUCAACACAAUAGGCAAUGAUAGCUUGGAUCUUCCUCAGAUUGUCGUUGUAGGUUCACAGUCGUCUGGAAAGUCCUCAGUCCUAGAGAACAUAGUCGGUCGAGACUUUCUCCCUCGCGGUAGUGGCAUUGUUACUCGCAGACCCCUCAUCCUACAACUUAUCAACAUCCCUACGGACGAUGACGAUUCUCCUGAAGCGCAUACUGCUGCUGCCGUUGCUACACAACCAGAAUGGGCCGAGUUCCAUCACAUACCGAAUCGAAGGUUUACGGAAUUUCAAGACGUAAAGCGCGAGAUUGAGAACGAGACAGCAAGGAUUGCGGGAAACAACAAGGGCAUUAAUCGACAACCUAUUAAUCUCAAAAUCUACUCUCCUCAUGUGUUGAGUUUGACUUUGGUGGAUCUGCCAGGUCUGACAAAGGUUCCAAUUGGAGAUCAACCCACAGACAUCGAAAAGCAGACUCGAAACCUCAUCUCAGAGUAUAUUGCCAAGCCGAACAGUAUUAUAUUGGCGGUGUCUCCCGCGAACGUCGAUAUCGUCAACUCAGAGGCUCUCAAGCUUGCACGCCAUGUCGACCCGUUAGGUAGGAGGACGAUUGGAGUUCUCACAAAGAUUGAUCUCAUGGAUCAUGGCACAAACGCACUCGAUAUCCUUUCAGGGAGGGUGUACCCUCUGAAGCUAGGAUUUAUUGGUGUUGUGAAUCGAUCACAACAAGAUAUUCAGGGCAACAAGUCGCUUGCGGAGGCUUUGAAGUCAGAGUCGGACUUCUUCAAACAUCACCCCGCAUAUCGAAACAUGGCAAACCGAUGUGGAACCCAAUUUCUAGCAAGGAGCUUGAACACAACCUUGAUGGCACAUAUUAGAGAGCGACUACCUGAUAUCAAGGCGAGACUCAACACACUAAUGGGUCAAACACAGCAGGAACUUGCUAGCUACGGAGACAUGCACUUUAGUGGCAAGGAACACCGAGGAUCUUUGGUUCUACAACUUAUGACAAGAUUCGCGUCUUCCUUCAUCUCGUCUAUAGAUGGUACAUCAACAGAGAUCUCGACCAAGGAGCUGUGCGGUGGUGCCAGAAUAUACUACAUCUUCAACUCUGUAUUCGGAAAUUCUUUGGAAACUAUUGACCCUACGACAAACCUCUCUGCUCUCGACAUACGGACGGCGAUCCGAAAUUCAACUGGACCUCGACCUAGUCUCUUCGUUCCCGAGCUUGCAUUUGAUCUUUUGGUUAAGCCUCAGAUCAAGCUUUUGGAGAUUCCUAGCCAAAGAUGCGUGGAGCUAGUGUACGAAGAGUUGAUUAAAAUUUGCCAUACCUGUGGAUCAACAGAACUGACGAGAUUUCCUCGAUUACAAGCCAAGCUGAUCGAAGUUGUCUCUGAUUUACUCCGUGAACGACUUGGCCCUGCAUCGUCAUAUGUUGAAUCGCUUAUUUCUAUUCAGCGAGCAUAUAUCAAUACUAACCAUCCUAACUUCCUUGGGGCAGCAGCUGCCAUGAGCAACGUCGUCAGCAACAAGCAAGACAAGGAGAGGAAGAGACUCCUUCAAGAAGAGAGAGAAAGACGGGAUCGAAGACGCCAGAAAGAACUUGGUGGUGCAAACGGAGCCGACACACCAGAGAAUGAGGAAGAAGAGGUCGAGAAGGUUGAGAAUCUCUCCCAUCGAAAGGCGCUGCACAAGAAUCCUCGAAGCAUGUCGCCCGCAGUUCGGGAAAAUGGAAACAGCAUCACUUCGACAAUGAACGGAAUCCGAGCUGGGUCACCUCCAAGAUUCAAUGGCCAAGCCAUGGGAGGAGCACGCGACUCGUUCCUGAACUACUUCUUUGGCAAGGAUGGAGCCCCUGGGGGAACAGGAGCAUCUUCAGCCCAAAAUCCCAAUCUUGGACGACACGUGAGCCAAAGUAUGGAGCCAAGCUUCAGUCAGAGCAUCCGAAGGCAAGAAGAGCGCGUUGUCCACAGAACACCUGCUCAACAAGCUCGAGAGGACGAUUACGAGCUAGGUCGGGCACAGAGAGAAUAUGAUUACAACUCUCCAUUUGGAAACAACACUGAGCCAGCACUUACCGACCGUGAAGCCAUGGAAACGGAACUCAUUCGAGCGUUGAUCUCAUCAUAUUUCAACAUCGUCCGGGAAUCGAUAGCAGACCAAGUUCCCAAAGCUGUCAUGCAUCUUUUGGUCAACCAUUCCAAGGACGUAGUUCAGAACCGCCUGGUGAGCGAACUCUACCGGGAAGAUCUUUUCGAAGAGCUAUUGUAUGAAGACGAUGCUGUUAAGAAAGAGCGCGAGAAAUGCGAGAAGCUUCUCAAGACAUACAGAGAAGCAGCGAAAAUCGUCAGUGAAGUGGGGAUAUAAGGCUGUGAGGGAGGAGCAUUGUUAGAUUAGUUGCAUGGGCGCGGCAGGGCAUUAGGGUUGGAGAGGUGGGCUGAUGAAUGACUGACUGGACUUGUAGAAAUACUAUACUUGGUGUUUUUUGAGUUUCGCCCUCGGAGGAAACUUAUACUUUCCCAACUCUAUUACAUGGGUCUUGGAUUCGAUUCCAUUCAUGGCCAAUGUACAUACAAUAGAUGCCUCACUACAUUUUGUUUCCGAUGGAUUAGAACUGUGAGCCAACGGCAUGAAGACGGCUCUUGUAGUAUUUUGAUGGAUAUAUCGUCGUAGCAAAUGGUACACCAUUACACCAGGU